AUGGCAUCCACCCUACGCGUCGAGCCCGCUCUCGAAGAAGACAUCCCCCGCCUCAUGGAAAUCGUAGCCCCAGCCUUCGGCGACUUCUCCUACUCCCAACUCAUCGGCGAAACCAAUACUCCGUCUGACCGCAAUGCAAUGGGUCAGCGUCAAGCCUACGCUUGGAAAGAGCACCUCAAACACUACAAGCUCCCCAUCGGAAUCAAGUGCACGCACAUCGAGCCAGCAACGGGGAGCGAGAAGAUCAUCUCGAGUGCGAAUUGGGUCAUCUAUGAUCGGGCGCGUACUGAAGAGGAAUACUUGGAGCCACAUUGUCUGGUUGGUGCGGACUGGGUGCAGGACGAGAAGAGGCGAGAACGUGCGAAGAGCGCUACAAAGUCUGUGGUUCAGGGGAGAAUCAGGUGGAUGGGAGGUAGGCCGCAUGGAUUACUGAUGUAUAUGGCCACAGACCCGGCGUACAGACGCCUGGGCGCGGCUACGAAGAUUGUGCAAUGGGGCCUUGAGAGGUGUCGUGAGUUGGGGAUACCCGCAUACCUGGAGGCGAGCGACGAAGGUGCGCCUGUAUAUGAGAAGCUUGGGUUUGAAAUGGUGGAUAGUGUCUAUUUUGACGACUAUCAGGUUAAGGUCAUGAUACGCUGGCCGCCCGGGACGAAAGAGGAGGACAAGAAGCCUACUCUGCCGAACCGUUGCAAGAUUGGGGCCGAGUAA